AUGGUUGUUCUGUGGCUUGCUUUCUUGGUGUUGGUACAUUUUGUACAUUCUGAACCAUUUAGGGAUUGUGGAUCUAAAUUUGGAAAAUUAUAUUCACUGACUGUAACACCAUGUGACAGGACACCGUGUGCGUUAUAUAAAGGUCAAAACGCUACUAUUACAAUUGAAUUCAGUACCCAAGAGGCUGUAAAAGAUGGUCAUAUUUCUGUACAUGGAGUUAUUGCACAUGUACCAAUACCAUUUGCACUUGACAACUCAAAUUUAUGCGAAUUCGUCAGCCCAACAUGCCCUUUAAUUCCAUCUAUAGGAAAAUAUACACACACGUAUUCUUUGUAUGUUAAGGCAAUGUAUCCAUCAAUUUCUUUAACCAUCAGAUGGGAAUUACAAGAUAGUUCAAAUGAAGAUAUAGUUUGCGUUGAAUUCCCUGUUCAACUUAUAUAA